AUGGGCGCGGGGAGCUUCCGUGCGUGCUUCUUUCCGCACAGCGGAAUGGUGGCGGGGGACUGGGACCCCGAGGACAUGGCGGAGCGCUCGGAGCGCAUCCACCGCCUGCGGAACAGGCGGAUGAAGGGGGCAGGCGAAGGGGGAAUGGCGGAGGAAGGGGCGGAAGAUUCGCAAGGGGAACUGGGUAGCGGGGAAGCUGGGGGGAGCUCCGGGAAAUUGCCGCGGAAGCGGGGAGUAAGACAAGGCAACGGUAACAAGAACGAAGCAGACAGGAAAGAGCAGGGAACAGCUAUUGGCAGUGGAGAUCCGAAUAGCGAGGAAGCUAAUAACGAGGAUGACCAAGGCAGCGAAGAGGGCAUGGCGCUAGACGAUGAAAUCCGCGAGCCGAGCUCGCUGAUGGAAGCGAUAGCGAUUAGGCGGUCCCUGCAGCGAGCACAGGGUGGAGAGGACGCAGAGAGGGGCGAGGAGGAGGACGCAGGGAGGGGCGACUGUGGCGAGAGGGAGAAGGGCGGAGCGCGUGAGGGAGGGGGAAGAGAGGGUGAGAGGGAGAGGGAUGAGCGCGGGGGAAGGGCGACUAGGAUUCAGGGCUUGGGGAUUUCAGGAGUGGAGAGAAGGGGGGAGGGCGUGACGGAAGGAGAGCGAGAGGAGGUACGGGGAAGGGAUGGAGAGAGGGAGAAGGAAGGGGGAGGGCACAGGGAGGGGAUGGGGUGCGAGAGGAGGAGGAGCAGGAGCGGCAGUGGGAGUGUGCGAAGCAGUCUGUGUAGCAUAGAGGAGGACGAGGGGGUUACAGGUGAUGGUAGCACAGCUCUUUCCACUCAUUCUCGAGACGUCUUUUCCAGCCACCCUGCUGCCAGUAGCGCAUCUGACACUAACGAGUUUCCAGUGGCGAAUGAUACGCCACUCAUGAACCUGGGAGGAAUGUCGGGUGAUAAGGAAGGACAGGAAGGCACCCAAGGGCAGGUAGGUUCGGAAGGGACGGAAGGGGCGGAAGGGCAGGUGCCACCUGGGGCAGGGCGUAUUGCUGAAGGGCGGUUCCCGGACAUGCCGCCAGCAGGGCACGUGCGGGGCCGAGGAGGGAGCGAGGGAGCUGAGCUGGGUGGCUUUUCACCUGGCAGAUCACCUGGCAGAUCACCUGGCAGAUCACCUGGCAUGUCGCCUGCGUUUUCACCUGGGCACCCGGCUUCGCCAACUCCUGCGUUUUCACCUGGGCACUCACCCUCCCGUACCCCUGCUAGAUCGCCCCUCCGGCCUCCUCGCCCGUCUCGGUCAUCAUCCCUGUCAGAAGGGAGACUGGAGGUGAAGCCAGAUGGUCGCACAGGUAGCCCUGCUGCUGCUGUUGCUGCUUCCUCACCCCCCCAGGCAUCCCCCCCAGCUUCCCAUGCCCAAUCGAAGGCGUUCCCAACCUCAGCAUCAGCAUCGGCAUCGCAAUCAGCAUUGGCAUCGCAAUCAGCAUCGGCAUCGCAAUCAGCAUCGGCAUCGCAAUCAGCAUCGGCAUCGCAGUCAGCAUCGGCAUCGCAGUCAGCAUCGGCAUCGCUGUCACCAUCCAUGUCCCCAUCGCGCCUGCUUGCAGCUAUGCCGUCGCACCCCUCGCCAAACAUUCCCGUGUCCAAGUCUGGAUUUGAUCUUCCCCCUGCCGCGCACUCGUGGGCACCCGCCACCACCUCACACGCCUCCCCUCCUUCCUCUCGCUUCCAGCCUGGUCCUUCCCUUACACAGAAAGAGCAGCAGCAGCAGCAGCAUCACCAUUCCAAGUCACUUUUAGACGGGGCAAGCACCGCCCUAGAUGCCAUGGUGACUGUAAGGAGGGUUCCCAGAGUCCCAGGAGGCAAAGGGGGUUGGAGGGAAGCUGCUUCUGCAGGAGGAGACGAUUUCGGGCUCGGAGCCUCAGGAGGUUCGGCAGGGUCAGGCUCGGGUCUCCGAGGCUCGGUUCUCCACUCGCGGUCGUUCCGAGGAGGUUCGGCCGGAGCUGCGAUGGCUGCAGCUGCUGCAGUGGCAGCAGCAGCUGUAGCAGGUGGGGGUGGGGCAACGGGUGCUAACAGCCCGUUGCUGCAGGCUAAGAGAAGACAGGCAGGAUCAAGUUCUAUGAGGGGGAAGAGCUUAGCAGCACUGGAUUUUGAAAGGAUACUGGCCAGUGGGGGAGGUGAGAGGAGAGGGGGCGGUGAUGGUGGUGGUGGCGCUAUUGGUGGUGGCUUGGGUGGUGGUAUGGGAAGAGGAGUGGAUGGAGAGGGGGAGGAUUCGGAGUGGGAAGGGAGAUUGGAGCUCGAGGAGUGGGAGAGGGCGAGUGGGAUUGGAGUGAGGGGGAUUGGAAAGAGGGUCAGUGGAGUGAGGGAGGCGGGAGUGAGGGAGGAUAAGGCAGGAGGUGAAGGGCUUGGGGAGGAGGAGGUUCGAAGACCACCAGGGGACGCACUGUUGCUUCCAGCAGAGGCUGGCCAGUCAGCAUUCGAGGGGGCAAUUUUUGAGUUGACCCAAAAGGUUGGGGAGGAGGAGGUUCGAAGAUCACCAGGGGAAGCAGUGCUGCUUUCAGCGGAGGCUGGCCAAUCAGCGUAUGACAGGGUGGGUGGGGGACUUGGAUGGGAGACUCUGGGGGAAAAACGUGAUGCAGGGAGUUUGCAAGGGGGAGAGAGGAGUCUGCAAGGGGGAGGGGAGAGUUCGCAAGGGGGAGGGGGGAGUUUGCAAGGGGGAGUGGGGAGUUCGCAAGGGGGAGGGGGGAGUUUGCAAGGGGGAGUGGGGAGUUCGCAAGGGGGAGGGGGGAGUUUGCAAGAGGAAGAGGGGAGUUUGGCAGUGCAGGCGUGUGGAAGCAGAGAGGAGAUUUCUUAUGGGGCGCCUCAAAAGUCGUCUGCUGCGUGUGAGGGGAGUGAGAGUGGAGGCAGAGAGGGAGGAGGCGAACUGCAAGGCGUGGUGGAGGAGGAAGAGGAUGAAAAGAGUAGGGAGAGAAGGGAGAGGAGGGAGAGGAGGGAGAGGAGGGAGAGGAGGGAGAAGGAGAAGGAGAGGAAAGAAAGAAGAGAGAAGGACGGAGAGAAGAGGGUGGAAAAAGAAGCAGGGACUGCAGGGAUUGGAGGGGAAGAGGGAGGAGCAGGCCAGGUAGUGGGGGGAGUGAGGGAGGGAGAGGGGGGAGUGGGGGAGGGAGAGGGGAGAUUGGUGGGAGGGGAAACGGAGAGGGACGGGGACAGGAGUGCGGAAGUGCGUGUAUUAAGUGGUAGAAGUGAUAGUGUGGGAAGUGGCAGUGUGAUAAGUGACAGUAUGAGGAGCGAUACUAUGAGAAGUGAGGAUAUCAAGAGAAGCGACACGAUGAGAAGUGAGACGAUGAAACGGAAUAGCAUGAGAAGUGACAGUAUGAGAAGCAACAGUGGCAAAGCUCUAAGGAAGAGCAGGAGUACUAAGGGUGAGGAUAGGGUCAAGACAGAGAAGAGGCACAAGGUAAAGAAAUCCACCAGUGGCGAUGCUGCUGCUGCUAUUAGCCCUAGCAGCAACGCAUCAAGGUCUGUAGAGAGGACUGACAGUAACGCAGCAAGCUCUAUAACGAGGACAGAGAGCUCUGUAACAAGGACAGAGAGCAAUGCGAGUACUAGCUUCGAUACAGGAACUUGCGGUAGCAUCAGCCCCAUGGAAAGCCCUAGCAGUAGCUGGAAGGAGGGUGACACUGGUGGGCGGGAGCUUGGCAGGAGCGCGAGGGAGCGUGGUGGUAGCAGGAGGGAGGGCGGCAGUGGUAAGGGACCAGGGGAGGUUGUGAGUCCGAGCAGUGGUGAUGGGAGGAGGAUAGGGAAGAGUAGUAGUAGGGGAACGGGGCAGAUUGUGAGUCCGAGCAGUGGUGAUGGGAGGAGGAUAGGGAAGAGUAGUAGUAGGGGAACGGGGCAGAUUGUGAGUCCGAGCAGUGGUGACGGGAGGAGGAUGGGGAAGAGUAGCAGCAGACGGAAUGGGGUUGCUGGUGGGGGAGAGGAGGAGGGAGGAGGUGAGGUGUCAUCUAGGAGAAGGAAAGAUGGGAGGAGGGAAGGGAGGAAGGAAGGGGAGAAGAGGGAUGGGGGAGGGGACGGGAAGGGGAAGGAUGCAAAGGGGAAGGAGAAGAGGGAGGAGGUGGAGAGAGUGGAAGAGGAGAAAAGAGGAGGGAAAGAAGAGGGUACGAUCGAAGAGGGCAGAAUUGGAGGGGAUAGGGCUCAAGAGGAUAGGGAUGCGGUGGAGGGCGGUGGAGAGGCAGAAUCAUCGGAAGGUGUGAUAGAGUGGACCAAGCUAGGAGUCGUGAAAGGGAGGGAGAAGAAGAGGGAGAAAGAGAGAGAGCAGGAGAGGGGGACAAGGAGAGAGAAAGAGAGAGAGAAAGGGAGAGAGAAAACAAGAGUGGGGGAGGCAGAGGAGGGGAGUGUAGCAGAGGGAGAGGGAGUAGCAGAGGCAGCCACCACUGAAGCUGGGCUGUCUGGAAAACUCACAGAGGGAGCAACUCCUGCUGCUGCUGUUAUGCCUGGUUUGCCUCGAGAUUUCACCAUGGCAGAUUUGGGCGCUUCUCCUGAGACGUCUCAACGGGGUGCUGCUGCUGUCAUGCCCAGUUUGCCUCGAGAUUUCACCUUGGUGGACCUGGGCAAGCCUUUUGAGUCGGCUGAAAAGGGUGCUGCUGCUGCUGUUUCUGUACCGGGUUUACCUCGGGAUUUCACCAUGGCAGAUUUGGGGAAGGCGGGGCCAGGAGUGGGGUUAACAGGGUCAACUGGGUCAACUGGGUCAGUGGGUUUUUCAGAGCUAGCAAUUCCAGCAAAUUUAUCAGGUUCAAUCGGAUCAACGCAGGUCAACAGCAUACUGGUCAAUGACGGACAGGUCAGCAACGGCAGCGGACAGGUCAGCAACGGACAGGUCAGCAGCGGACAGGUCAGCAGCGGCACGGACGAGUUUGACUUUGCGAGUCCAUUGCUUUCAGUGCGCGUCCCAGUGCGCCCCCUCUCCUCGCUCUCUACCGUAUCUAACACCUCAGAACCCCAUUCUGAACGCUCAGAACCCCCCUCCACCGCCACAGGACCCCUUACUGUUCCAGGCGAGGAACUGAGAGGAGGAGUCAUGUCCCAAGGGAGGCCAGAGGCGGAAGAAGAAGUGGACGCUCAGGAGAGGAUGGUUUCAGAGCUCGUGUUCAAAGGCAAGAAGAUUCGAGUGAGAAGCGAGCAGGAGCAAUGCGAUGCUCACAGUGGCCGGGAGGUGCUAGCCGAGCAGCGCGAGCAGGGCGAGCAGACCUGUGAGGCGCCUCAAAAGCAGGCAGAGCAGGGCAGACAGGAUGAUGAGCAGGGCGAGGGCGACCCUAUGACAGGCGGUCUCCAAGCCCCUCAACACGAUCCCCACCUGCCUCCUCUCAACACGGUGCAGCCCACCGCUCGCCCCACCAGUUCUGGGUUCCAGUUCCGCCCUCUACUCCUCUCAGCCCCCUCCGAUUCCCCAGGCCCCUCAGGCCCCCCGGGUUUCGCAGGCUUCUCAGGCUCGUCCCAGCGCUCUGCUCCCCCCACACCCUUUGGCUUCACCGGCACCAGCGGCAGCAGCGGCGGCGGCGGUGGCGGUGGUGGGGGUGGUGUGAGUGGUGUGAGAGAUGGGCAGCACUGGGAUCAUCAUGGGCCUUCAGGUGCUGCUGCUGCUGCUGGGGGUGGGUUUCUAGCAGGGGGUGCAGCAGGGAGCAGCAGUAAGUGGCAGUGUGGUCAGGAGUUUGGGCCGAUAGGGGCGGCUAGAGUGAGGGCUCAGAGGUGUAGGGAGCACUGGACUCUGCUCUUCAUGGAUCUGCUCGAUCUCAUGCUCAAACGGACGGCUGGAGAUGAGUCUGUGGACGAUGAGGGUGAUCUGAUGGUGAAUCGGACGGCUGGGGAUGGGUGUGUGGGUGGGGAGGGGGGUGGUGGUGGUGUAGGGUGGGGGCAUGAGGGGAAGCGAUGGGAGGGGGGUCAGGAUGAGUGGGUGACCGAGGAUGCUUGUAAGGGGUAUAAGAGGUGUGACGAAGGGGAGGAGGGUAGAGAGGAGGUGUAUAGGGAAGGUGGGUUCAGUCUGGCUCGGAUGCGGCCUGACAGCUUUGGCGGCAGCAGCGGCAGGCUCGGCAGCAGCAGCGGGAGGCUCGGGUCGAUGGUCCGAGCCUCGUCAUCAGCUGCGGCACACCGGGACUUCGAGUGGAUCUGUGAGAAAUUCCGAAGCGCAACGGAGCUCUCUGAUAGGCUGAAAGAGCGCCACGUCAGCGAGGCGUUUACUGUAGCACUGGCUGUGUGGUUGAGGUUCUGGGAGCAGUGGGGGGACGGGCCUCCCGAUUGGGCAGAGGAGGAGGAUGAGGGGGAGGUUCUGCUGGAGGAAGGAGAGGAGGGAGAGGAGGGGGAGGAGGGGGAGGCGUAUGGGGAGGAGCAUAUGGAAAGGAUCCCUUCAGGUGCUUGGUUGAGUAGUGAGGGAAGGGGAGGAGGAGGGGGAGAGGGAGGGGGAGGAGGGGGAGGAAGGAGUAUAGGGAGGCAGAGGUCGUUAGGCUGGGUUGAUGAGGAGAGGACUGGGAUAGGCUCGCCCGAGCCUUGGGCUCGUAGGGACAGCUUUGGGCGAGUGAGCCGAACCAACAGCAUCAACCGAACCAACAGCAUCAACCGGACCAACAGCAUCAACCGAACCAGCAGCAUCAGCCGAACCUUCAGCCGAACCAGCAGCCGCGGCGGCCUCACAACGGCCCGAGUGAACAGCAGAGGGAGCAGUUUGCGCGAGGGGGGAAGCAUGAGGGAGGGAGGGGGACUGCUGCGCCUCUCCUCAACUAUCUCCUCCACCACUGCCCCUGAACUAGCAGACUUAGCAGGGUUAGGGUUCGCACGCAUUCAAGAUGACCUGGCUGAAGCUGCUGGGAUGCUGGCAGGGGUGGGGGCGGGGUCUGCUUUUGAGUCCACUCAAAAUCUAGCAGGGGUGGGGGCGGGGUCUGGGAGACAGGAGGAGACGUGUGGGGGGGAUGAGGUGGGGAGCGGCGUAGUGUUAAGUGGGAGGGAAGCUGGGAACGGGAACGGGGGGAAGAGUGGCGGUGGGUUGGCUGGGCCUGUUUCCAGGCCUCAACGGUGGCUCAGCAUGGAAGCUGGUGCAGUUGCUGCUGCAGGUGCCUAUGGCAGUGGUAGUAGGGGCAGAGGAGCGGGGGAGCGUGAGGGGGACGAGGAGGAGGAGGAGCAGGAGGGGGCGUAUGGGAAGUCGCUGACAACAGCAGCAGUGGAAGGGGGCAGCGGCCGCAUGGCCUAUGCAGGCGACGGGAGGGGGCGAGGGGCGGGCAGAGGCAGAGGCGGGGAGGAAGGGGCGGGGAGAGGGGCAGAGGGGCGGCCUGUGCUGGCAGCACCUGCAGCAGCGGCGGCGGUGCGUGUGUUUGUGUGGGAUCCAGAGGGCAGCAUUCAGGAGCAGCUGGUUAGCAUGGCUCUCUGCUCUGACCUGCGCGCUGCUGUCCCUGCUCUCCCUGCUGCUGCUCCCGCUGCUACUGCUGCCAGUGCUGGUGCUGAGGGUGCUGAUGGGGGUGGGGGUAGCGUCGAUAUCGCCCAAGGGUCUGCUGACGCACCAACAGCAGGAGCAGCGAAUCUCCCCGCAGCUGCACCCCCAACACCACCAGCAGAGCGGGGAUACACAGACCAGUUCCUCGCCUCGCGCUGCCACCAUGACAACAUCCUCGUUUUUGUCGGCCUCGCUGCAGCGGUGAGCGUGUGGCGCCCCGCUACAGCCGCCCUCAUUCUCCUGCGCCUGCUCGACCGCAUCGCCUUCUUCGAGCUACAGCUGGAGCGAGAGCAGGCUGUAGCGGCAGCUGUAGCAGCAUCCGCAGCUGUUGCUGCCGCCGGCGCUGGUGCUGGUACUGGUGGUGGUGGUUAUCAAAGGCUGGGAUCGGUUAGGGGAGGAAGUGCAGGUGCAGCAGGGGGGGGAGUGGGGAGCUUGAGGGGCUCUCCUCGUGCCGCUGUGCCUGUGUCACGGUCCUUUGCACCUAUCGGUCACAACCGCACACCCAGCAUGCAGUUAAUGCAGCAGCAGCAGCUGAUGCUUCUUCAGUUCAACCCAGACGCAGACGAACCUGUUUCUCACAAAUCCACCGCUCUGCACCCCUCUCACCGACCCCCCAGCUCGAGCUUCGGCGGCGCCACCUCCGGCAGAGGCUCGGAGACUAUGGCAGAGGUAGCACUAGCAGAAGGGCUUGCAGCUGCCACCCACUCGAGCCUGGAGGAACGGUGUGAGGAGCAGGAUCGGCUGUACCUACAGCUCAGCCUCGGCCCGGGCCUGCUGGGGAUGACCCUGGCGGCGACGAUGAGGGAACUUGAGCAUAUACACCCGGACGACAGCAUGGCAAUUGCGAGUCUAGCCCAGGAAUUAGGGUUAGACGAGGCGGCGUUUCAUGCCGCACUGAGGGCCGUUUCCAGUGGGAGGCUCAAGGCUGCUGGGUUCGAUCGGGUGAUUGGAAUGGUAUUUACAGGUAGAGGGGUUGAGUCGGUUACAAUGCGGUUUGCUAGGCUGGCUGCUGCGGUGAAAACGGCCCAGUUCUGGGGGUCUGGGGUAGGGCCUGGGGCGGUAGAGGGGGCCCAUCUCUCUCCCCUCUCCUCUCCUAAUACAGGAGGGAGGAGUGCUGGGGGAGCAGCGCAAGGGGGGAGGAGCGCAGGAGCAAGCAGUAGUAGAGGUGGGGGGACAGGCUCAGACGCUGCCGUCAAGGCGGAUCCAGAUAUUACCUCCCCUAGAGCAGCAGCAGCAGCAGCAGCAGCAGCAGCAGCAGCAGCAGCCAAAGCUGCCGGCUCUGAUCCUCUCUCCCCCUCUUCCACUUCCUCUCCUGCUCUCUCUGGUUCAACAGUUCCCUCAGCCUCCCCCUCCCCGUCUCUCUCCGCGGCUGCUCCUGGUUGGGCUGCUGCUGCCUUUGCAGUUGCCUCUAGUUGGGGCUCUGCGCUUGCCUCCCAGGCUAGUUCCGGAGCUGCAGCUGCGGCAGCAGGUUCUGGGAAAGGCUCGGCGGCAGGCUCGGUGGGUGGGUUGUGGGCGGCUGGCAGAGCAAGCGCUCCAGUGGUUGAUGCUGGACCAGGCGGUGCGUCAGGUGGUUCUUCAGGUGGUGCCUCAGGUGCCGGCAACAAUUCUGAUGCCACUGGUCCCAGCGCUGGUGGUAGUGGUGUCGAACUGGUAGCAAGGGAGGGGAGGAGACGGGGAGGGAGCGAAGGCGAGGUGGGAGCAUGGCUGAGUGAAGGGGCAGCAGAGGAGGGGCGGGAGGACGGGGAGGCGUUAUCUGGUGCGGGUAGAUCCAAGCCAGGGCACGCCCGGGGCAAGAGUGACAUUCCUACGCUGUGGCUGGGGGGAGGGAGCGGCACCAGCGGAAGUGGCACCCUUUCUUCCCCUUCUGCUGCUGCUGCUGCUGCAGCAGGGGGAGGAGGAGGGGCGAGAGGCUGGGCUGGAAGCUUCUUCUCCAGCACCCCCCACGGAAGCCCGAGAGGUGCUGGCAGUGCUGGUGGUGCUGGUGCUGGCGCAGCAGGGAAUUGGGGGGGAGCUGCUGGGAUGGGCCCAGGCGGGGGUCUAGGAGGGGGGAUGGGAGGCGGAGUGGGUAAGACUGGCACUGGCACCGGCAUGGGCACAGGCCUGGGCAGUGGCACGGGUACGGGCAGCAAGCCGUCGAGUGCGGUGUUCCUGACUCCGCGCACCUCCCAGCAGAACUCGUACGUGGCGGAGUUUGUGGAUGCGAUGCUGCGCAGCGAAGUGAUGCGCCGGCAGCACGCGUGGGCGUACGAGCUGCUGCUCAACUUCCUCAGGAUCAACAGCCGAGGGGCGCCCAUGGAGGAAAGAGAGCUCAACCUCUGCGCGCAGGUGCGUGGGCAAGUGGGUGGGUUGUGGUGUGGUGUGGUGUGGGAGAUGGAGGAGCGGGCAGUCUCUAAGAUGGAGGGAAUGGACGAUCCAGGCGUGCAGUGCAGGUGCGGUGGUGGCCCAUGUGGGUGCGCGUGGGGCGCCUGGCCAAGCGACAGUACGACCUGCCCAGCCGCGCCUGCUGGUUGUGCUGGCGGUGGUGGUGAUAGUGGUGGUGGUGUGGCACAGACGCGCCUUUCACUCUCUCACCUGCUCCCAUGUCUCUCCCUGUUCUCGCCCGCUGUCCUGUUCCCCUGCUUGUGCGUGCCUGGUCUGCAGGUGCUACUCACCAAGUGGCUGGGCGAGGGCGAGGUGGGGGAGAUGGAGGAGAGGGCAGUUCACAAGAUUGAGGGAAUGGACGACCCGGGCGUGCAGGUGGGGUGGCCCAUGUGGGUGCGAGUGGGGCGCCUCGUGGAGCGCCAGUACGACCUGCCGCGCCUGCUGCACGCCAUGCAGAGCCUCUCCAUCUGGUUCAACUAUGACGAACUGGAGGAGGACGGCACGUGCAGCAGCACCACCGUCUCAACUGUCUUUGACUGGGGCCUGGCCGGCCUGCUACAGGAUCUGCCGCCCAGAGACGACGCCGCCCAGUCGCUGCUGGACAUACUUGACCCAGAAGAUGACGAAUGGAUCGACGUCUCGCUCGCUGUUGCCGCCCGGAUGGCGCUGCCGACCGGCAACUGGUGGCCGGUGCAGGGCGGCGGAGGGGUGGCGGGGUUCGUCGCCAAGCUGCUGUCACUGAUAGAAGAGUGCGGUGAGCCCACCCCCCAGCAGCAGAGCAGGGCUGUGAAGGUGGCGCUGCGGCUGUGGAGCUGGGCCAUGCCCAAGCGGGAGCAGCUGCAGGAGCAGUGCGAGACGGAGGAGGAGCUGAUGGAGGUGUGGCAGCGGUCUGCCUCGGCCAUCUGGCGAUCCGUGGCGUGCGGAGGUAUGCUGCUGGUGCUGGCAGCCGGGUAA